AUGUCUAUUAAGUUAGUCAUUGAAGGUUCUACAGUGAAUGUUAUUAGUGCCUAUGCCCCGCAAGUAGGUUUGGACGAGAAGGAGAAGAAGGAUUUUUGGGAGAUUUUAGAUGAGGUAGUGAGGAGCAUCCUGAGCUCUGAGAAGCUUCUCGUGGGAGGGGAUUUCAAUAGGAACAUUGGGUCUUUGCUAAGAGGUUUUGAGGAUGUACAUGGUGGUUUUGGUUUUGGGGAGCGAAAUGACGGAGGAGCUGCUCUUUUGGAUUUUUCUAGGGCUUUUGGGUUGUGGAUAGCGAAUUCAAGCUUUCCAAAGAAGAAGGAACACCUUAUUAUGUUUUGUAGUUCAGUGGGUUAUGCUAAGUUGGUUGUGCGCAAGGAUGGGGAGGAAAGACAGACGAAUAAGGAAGAGUAUAAGGUAGCUAGGAGAGAGGCUAAGUUAGCGGUUACAGCAGCUAAGAUUGAAACUUUUGAGUGCCUAUAUAAGUCUUUAGAGGAGAAAUGUGGAGAUAAGAAGUUGUAUAGGCUGGCUAAAGCCGGGAAGCGGAGGGCUCGUGACUAUGACCAGGUAAAGUGCAACAAAGAAGAGGAAGGUAUAGUGUUGGUAGAGGAUGCUCUUAAUAGGGAGAGGUGGUAG